AUGCUCAGAGCUGGAUUAUUAUCAGCAACUGCUGUUUUACCGACUCUCGUCAGAGAUCUGCUUAUUGGGUCUCCUCAUCAUCGCAUCAUGCCUCGCCAGCCGAGGAAGGCCGCGCAGCCGCCGGUGAAGACAUCGGGUGGUGACAGUCGCGAGUCAGCGUUGAAGGGUCAUCAGUCGGAGCCGGCGACACCGAAGCCGACGCUGAAGGAUGUGAACGGUCCGUUCGUGGAUGACACGCGUGUUUCUUUGGUAAAGAGGCUCGCGGCUUUUAUGUUCCCUAAUCCGGAGAAGGCUGUGGGUGGGGAUGCUAAUGCUGAAGAAGGAGAAGGCAGCAAGGAUGAGGUGACGCCGCCGGUGGUCGAUCCCGAAGUUCCUGCUGACGGGGAGGAAGAAGAAGAGGAUGAGGACGAUGGGUAUCUCAGCAAUGAUCCAAAGGAACGGUUUGAUCCGGUUAAAGCCGGGGAGAUCGCAGCUCGUGCAGGCUUCUCGAUCACGUUUCUGGUCCCGAUCAAGUUUGAGGAGGAAGUCCCAAGGAUUAUUGACACCGUGAAGGGUCUACUUGCGCUGUGGAGGAGGCACAUGUCGGCGCAUGUCCUACCCGCGAUUACUCCGGAGAUGGACUUCAAGUACCUGGUGAACACGGUGUUGGAGAAGGGCGGCCGCACUCCGUUCCUUAGCGGUGCUGCUUUCCACCGUGUGGUGGAUCCGGUGACGGGAGCAGAUACAGAUAAAAUCAAGGGCCUGGUCAAAGGGUAG